AUGACUGGAAUAGGAAGACAGAGAAGAAAGACCUUGAAGUCCAGGUACCUACACCAGGAGCUGCUUCUGGAGGGUGGUGAGGCCCAGUGCAUCAUGGGUGAGAUGCCCAUAUGUGUGCCCGAACUGGAACUUAUACCCUGUAUGGACAAGAGAGUCACAUCACUUGUAGCCAGUGGCAUGGAGAGUCAUUUAUUUCUCAACCAGUUUCUAAGCCCUCUAAAAUCCAGUCACAACUUCUCACUGGUCUGUCUCUCUGAUUCUUCCUUCAUCACUGUUGCCACAGGGGGUGGUGCGGACAGCCGACCAGUCCUUCGCUACAGCAAGGAGCAGAGGCCAACCACGCUGCCCAUCCAGCCCUUCGUGUUCCAGCACCACUUCCCAAAGCAGUUGGCCAAGGCCCGUGCCCUCCAUAGCCUUUCCCAGCUCUACGGCCUCUCUGGCUGCAGCCGUGCACAGCAGCCUGCCCCACUGGCUGCCCCCACUGCUCAAGUCCCAGCCUUAGCUCCCUCAGGGGAGUCACAGGCACCUGCCAACAGAGGUGCCAGGAAAGCUGGGCCUGAGCCAGAAACCUCACGCCCAUCACCCCUGGGUAGCUACUCCCCCAUCCGCAGUGCUGGCCCCUUUGGGCCCAGCACCGACUCUUCUGCUUCCACCUCGUGCUCCCCUCCAGAGCAGGCCACAGCCACAGAAAGCCCACCCCCAUGGAGCCGCUCCUGUCCUCCUGUUGCCCGGCCUGCCACCUCCCAGCAGCCACAGAAGGAGGAUCAGAAGCUACUGACCUUGGCUGAGUACCGUCUCCAUGGAACAGGAAGCUUGCCUCCUCUGGGCUCCUGGAGAUCUAGCCUCAGUCGAGCAGAAAGCCUAGCCCGGGGAGGUGGUGAGGGCAGCAUGGCCUCCAGGCCCAAUAACGCCAACCACCUAUCCCCUCAAGCACUCAAGUGGCGGGAAUACAGGAGGAAGAAUCCACUAGGGCCACCUGGAUUGUCAGGGAGCCUAGACCGAAGGCCACAGGAUGCUCGGCUGGCCCGAAGGAACCCCAUCUUUGAGUUCCCUGGCUCCUUCAGUGCUGCUGGCCAUCUGAACUGCCGGCUGAAUGGUCAAAUAGUGAAGCCAUUACCACUGACCUGCCCUGACUUCCAAGAUCCCUUUUCCUUGACUGAGAAGCCUCCAGCUGAGUUUUGUCUGUCCCCAGAUGGCAACUCAGAGGCCAUUUCCAUUGACCUGCUUCAGAAAAAAGGGCUGGUGAAGGCGGUUAACACUGCCGUGGACCUCAUCGUGGCCCAUUUUGGCACAAGCCGGGAUCCUGGGGUGAAGGCAAAGCUGGGGAACAGUUCUGUGAGCCCCAAUGUGGGCCACCUGGUUCUGAAGUACUUGUGCCCUGCAGUCCAGGCUGUGCUGGAGGAUGGGCUCAAGGCCUUCGUGCUAGAUGUCAUCAUUGGGCAACGCAAGAACAUGCCGUGGAGUGUGGUUGAGGCUUCCACACAGCUAGGCCCGUCCACCAAGGUCCUACAUGGCCUCUACAACAAGGUCAGCCAGUUCCCAGAACUCACCAGUCACACCAUGCGUUUCAACGCCUUCAUUCUCGGCCUGCUGAACAUCCGGUCCCUGGAGUUCUGGUUUAAUCACCUCUAUAACCAUGAAGAUAUCAUCCAGACCCACUACCAACCAUGGGGCUUCCUGAGUGCAGCGCAUACCGUGUGCCCCGGCCUCUUCGAGGAACUGCUGCUGCUACUGCAGCCCCUGGCCCUGCUGCCCUUCAGCCUCGACUUGCUAUUCCAGCACCGGCUCCUGCAAAGUGGGCAGCAGCAGCGGCAACACAAGGAGCUGCUGCGGGUGUCCCAGGAUCUGCUGCUGUCCGCGCACUCGACAUUGCAGUUGGCCCGGGCCAGGGGCCAGGAGGGGCCUGGAGACAUGGACAGGGCAGUCCAUGGGGAGCGGGUGAAGGGUGUGGGUGCCCCUGAAGGUGGAGAAGAUGAGGAGGAAGAGGAGACAGAAGAGGUGGCAGAGGCAGCUGGGGGCUCAGGGCGUGGCAGGUGGGCCCGAGGCGGGCAGGCUGGCUGGUGGUACCAGCUCAUGCAGAGUUCCCAGGUCUACAUAGAUGGCUCAGCUGAGGGCUCUAGGUUCCCCCGUGGUGGCAGCAAUAACAGCAGUGAGAAAAAGAAAGGGGCCGGAGGCGGAGGACCACCCCCCCGAGAGGGAGUAGUUGAGGGGGCAGAGGCCUGCCCUGCUCCUGAGGAGACCCUUGGCCGGGACAGGGGCUGGCCCUUCUGGAUGGGAAGCCCCCCCGAUUCUGUGCUGGCUGAGCUGAGGCGUAGCCGGGAGAGGGAGGGGUCCACUGUCCCCCCAGCAGAAAAUGAGGAAGGAGCCUCAGAGCCUUCACCUGGGGGCAUCAAGUGGGGACAUCUCUUUGGCUCCCGAAAGGCUCAGCGGGAGACCCGGCCCACAAACAGGCUACCGUCUGACUGGCUGAGCCUGGACAAGUCCAUGUUCCAACUAGUGGCACAGACAGUGGGUGCCCGCCGAGAGCCAGAGCCCAAGGAGAGCCUGCAGGAGCCACACUCCCCAGUCUUGCCCUCCAAGCCUCCAUGCGAGGUGAAGGCACUGUGCCAUCAUCUGGCUACAGGCCCUGGACAGCUGAGCUUCCACAAGGGAGAUAUCCUACGGGUGCUGGGGCCAGCUGGAGGAGACUGGCUGCGCUGCAGCCGUGGCCCCGACACCGGCCUGGUGCCUCUGGCCUAUGUGACCUUGACCCCAACUCCAAGUCCAACCCCCGGAAGCAGCCAAAACUGAGGCCCUGUGCAUGCUGGUGGCCUCAGGGACCCUCAUAACCCCUGACUCAGAGCCUGAGAGCCCUUCCCAAGCCCUCUGGCUUGGCCACAGAGAGUAGACUGAGAGCUGGGGGCCAUACAUCCCUGUGCUCAGUAUUAAUUACUCCCCAUUAACUGUCCCAGUGACCUCAUCCAGACCUCCACCCAGGAAAGGAGGGAAGGGAUGCAACACUGGGAUGCCAGGAUUUCCCCAGCCCAUCUGGGCCAGCCCUGCCAUAGGUACAGAUAAGCACGUCCCUGUGGAGGGAGGUGACCAGAGGCCCAUUUGCAGGGUUCCCUAGGCCAGGUAGUGAGGAGGAGAAGUGACAGUAUUGGGGCCAGCUCCCUAAGUCCCCAAAUGUAAAUAAGCUGUGGCCAGUGCCUGGUGGUCAGAAGAGGGAGGAGGAGCCCAGGCUUCUGUUUAUGUAUUUAUUUAUUUAUUUAUUACACCUAUUAAUAAAAAAGGUGCUCGGCC